CGACAACUUCUCCGACAAAUCGCUGCAUCAACAGCCAGCGACUCGAUCAAGAUGGUAAGCUGCUGAUUAUAUUCCCAUGAAGUGAUACAUCUCGCCACCGCUCUCGUACCUCUACGAGCAAUCGCAGGUCGAGAUGCAUUCCAUCAUCUACCCGAGGGUGUUGAUGAAGAUUGGCUUGAGCUACAUCUGUGCAAAUAUGCCAGUGUAGUCUCUUUAGAGUUCAAAGAAGAUAAUUAGUGAACAUAUUCGCUGAUUGCUUCUUUUCUCAAUGAUAGCCUCCCAAAGCCGGAAAGAAGGCUGCCCCAGCCCCAUUCCCCCAGUCGAAAGCUGGUGCGGGAUCAAAGAAGGCCCCAAAGAACCCUCUCAUCGAGAAGAAGACCCGUAACUUCGGCAUCGGCCAAGACAUCCAACCCCGACGAAACCUCUCGCGCAUGGUGAAGUGGCCCGAGUACGUCCGCCUGCAACGCCAAAAGAAGAUCCUCAACCUCCGUCUCAAGGUCCCACCCGCGAUCGCCCAAUUCCAAAAUGUCCUCGAUCGCAACACCGCUGGCCAAGCUUUCAAGCUCCUGAACAAGUACCGACCUGAGAGCAAGUCCGAGAAGAAGGAGAGACUGUUGAAGGAGGCUACCGCCAUCAAGGAGGGCAAGAAGAAGGAAGAUGUCAGCAAGAAGCCCUACGCCGUCAAGUAUGGUCUCAACCACGUCGUCGGUUUGAUUGAGAACAAGAAGGCUGAUUUGGUCCUCAUCCCCAACGAUGUUGACCCAAUUGAGUUGGUCAUCUUCAUCCCAGCUCUCUGCCGAAAGAUGGGUGUCCCGUAUGCCAUCAUCAAGGGGAAGGCCAGACUCGGCACGGUCGUCCACAAGAAGACCGCUGCUGUUCUUGCUUUGACCGAGGUUCGAUCGGAGGACAAGACUGAGCUGUCCAAGCUGGUCCAGGCUAUCAAGGAGGGUUACAGUGAGAAGUACGAAGAGGCGAAGAGACACUGGGGCGGUGGUAUUAUGGGUGCCAAGGCCGUCGCUCGGACCGAGAAGAAGCGCAAGGCUCUUGAGAGUGCUAUCAAGAUCUAAAUGUGUUCUUGGUAGGGCUAUCUUCCUUGGCGUUUUCUUGACAUUAUGGUAUGGCAGGGAUUGUCGCUAGGUAGCAAAAAUGAACUGAAUGAUACCAUACCCCUGAGCUUCUUGUUAGCUGGUGCAACUUCCUUGUCAGAUUCAUCUCUCAAUCAUGAUCGCAGUUAUGAAAGCAGCUUCUGGACGCUUUGGUUCUAAAUCAACCGCCAAGAAAUAUCCGCAAUGCUCAUACUCGCUUGGAGCAACGAUAGCCCUUUCCUCUGCCCAGCCUCACCA